AUGCCAUGUUCAAUCAAGGUACGCUUCUCAGAUACUGUCCCGAAAAACAGAACGCUAAAUUUUUUUUGGCAGACGCAAGCCUCCUGUCUUCCAGUCACUGCUCUUCACGCCACCAGAGUUGGCGGACGCCGAGUUCUUCUCGCUGGGGCUGGGCCUAAUCUUGAGAUUUUUGGAGAGGACGGACAGACUCUUCUUUCUACCGAGAUCUUCAAAGUUCAGCCUCUUCAUGGUUUUCACACGCGUUGUGACACCUUGACUGGGAGCACCAGCAAUGUACUCAGCAUUCUUUUCUGGGGAGGGAAGCUGGUGCGAGUUGGCAGAUUGGUCAUAACUAGCCUCGAGGCUACGCAACUCGAUCUUCAAUUAGGGGAUGAAGUGGACAUAAGAGACUGGAUUCUCGAUGCUGUCUUCAACGAGUUGGGUAUAUUCGUGCUUACAGCGCAUAAUAUACUAGCGAAUUUUGUCGUCGCCACAGAUGGACAUGCACUCAACAUAGAUCAGAACACCUUGCACACGAUUCGUGGUCCGGGAUCCUUCCUCUACUCAGGCGACUUAUGUGUUGCUGAUUCGAACCUGCUUAUCGUUGCCGCUGGAACCGUGUUUGGCGAGAUCCUGGUCUGGACAUGCUCCAGGAAUGGCAGUGGCCAGCUAGAAUGGCAUGCAUCUGCAAAGCAUGCCUUUAACGGGCACAAAGGUUCUGUUUUCGGUGUCACAAUAUCCCCGAAACUCGUUCUAAGUAACCGGCCAACUCGCUUGCUUGCAAGUUGUAGUGAUGAUCGCACAAUUCGAGUGUGGGAUAUCGGAGACCAUGGCAAGUUGUCUUCGGAGCCUGAUCACCGUGUUAUCUCGACAGAGACUGGCUUUGGAAACUUCAGCAACAGCGAAAAAUCCGAAGUCGCUUCUGCAUGGGGCCAUGCAUCCCGUAUUUGGGGUGUUCACUUUGCUGGCCCCUUAGAAAGGAGCGAGCAGACAAAGAUUCUGUUGUUGUCGAGAGGAGAAGAUACAGUAUGCCAGCUCUGGUCCCUAGACCCAACACCAGAAGCGGGUAUAAACCUGUUGUCGUUAUGCAGCGAUCGGCAUCAUUCAGGAAAAAAUGCAUGGUCUAUGUGUUUGGACAAUGACGACCAAGGUCCGGUCGUGUUUACUGGUGGUGCUGAUGGUCAGAUUGUAUGCAGACAUUUUAGCCUGCUCAACGCCCUUGAUGAUCACCCAUCGAAGACAUCAAUACCAGCCAAAGAAAUCACAAAGUCACAGAAGGCUCUAAAACAGUAUGUGCCUAUCUCGGGGAGCACGUGCUUUGCGAGCACCGACGCAGGGGAUGUGUACAGUAUAAUUAAUGAGAACGGUGAACUGAAAUAUACACAUCUUUACAACAGUCCUCUCCGUGGUGGCAUCAUGAUGUGUCGAGCUGACACGCUUGGGGUUGUUCUAAUAGCUCAACAACGAGGUGGUCUAUUCGCACUUACGACCGACAGAGACAACGUUUUGCUGGCCGUAUCUUUACCCACCACACUCAGCAUCGUGUGGUUCCAGGUCGCUUGCACUAAUCGACGCCUUGCAGGUCCUACCUGCGUCGUUGCUGCAUUGGCGAAUAAAGAGACAAUGGCUAUCUGGCUGAGGAGAGAAGGAAAUUCACUUCGAGGCCGAUACACGAAACUUCUUCUUCCAGACUCGUUUGUGGUGGCAGCAUGUUGUUACCACGAGUCAAGCCAAACAUUGGUACUUGGCUCUCGUGCUGGUGCGCUCGCUGUCUAUGCCGCUGUGGCAGCCGAAUCAAGUGUAGCAGAAGCGUCCUUGUGCGUGAGACACAUCCAUGGUACUGAUUGUGUAUCCUCGAUAACAAUUCUUGAAACUCCGGAUGAGUCGCGGAAUCCUACAAACGGCGCGUAUUUCCUGACGACAGGCCGCGAUGGUGUUUAUGCCGCCCAUCGACUAAAUUUACCAGAUGUAACCUUUUCGACAAUCCAUACAUCGAGGCCUCCUUUUGGGCCUUAUAUCGAAGGGUCCUAUUUGACUUUAGGCGAAGAGUCUCUAGGGACAGAUUCAAAUGAGUUAAUCCUAUAUGGCUUCCGCUCGACGUCCUUCAUUGUCUGGAAUGAAACCAGACAGUCAACAUUGCUUUCAGUUGAAUGUGGCGGCGCACACAGGACUUGGGUAUACUAUGAUUCAAUCGCGUCGAAAAGCACGAUCUCAAAAGUGGACGACAUCCGCACCAGCGGCGGGACAAUGUCGUUCAUAUGGACUAAAGCUGGCAGUCUCAAUUGGUCCAUGAGGGAUGGGCGAGAUCAUACAGUCAUAAGGACUGGUGGCCACGGCCGAGAAAUCAAGGCAGUGGCUCGCAGCCCAAAACUUGUUCAUGGUGACGUUGUGAUUGCCACAGGAGCGGAAGAUACGAAUAUACAACUCUCCCUGCUUUCUGAUGGCGAGAAACAUCACACAGCACCUCUCGCAACUCGAGAAGGAAGUCUGCUGCCUCAUAACGCGCUCGAUGACGCCGCCUUUCGUAGCAUAGCUACUCUGAGGGGACACAAUGCAGGGCUACAACACCUUCUUUUUUCUCCUUCAGGAGAUUAUCUCUUCAGCAGUGCUGGUCGUGAAGAAUUUCUAGUGUGGAAGCUGACCCCGGAUGUGCCUUGCAUCAAAGUUGGGACGGUUCUCUGGGAUGUCAUGCCCAAGGAAGACGAGGACUCUGACGCGAGGAUAAUGGAUUUUGAUUUACGUAUCAAAGGGACCAAGAAGGGGGUUGGCGUUCCAGGGGAGGGUUCUCAUGAGUCCUUCAUUGUGACACUGGCAUAUUCGAAUGGCAAGUCAAAGAUCCUCGAAUACACCCCAGCCGCAGUACGCAACCAAGGCACAUUUGUGACUCUACACCAGGUCCACUAUGGUUCGUUCUGUAUCAUGCAGACGUCUUUGCUAUCAUCUCCGUCGCAGAUGAUUUCGGCUGGAACAAAUGGGUUUCUGAACCUCAAUCAGCUUGGCAUUUUCCUGGACCCGGGCUCUGAUGACUAUAUACAAGCUGCACAGUCAACAGACACGACAAGGCUCCACAAAAUCCACCAAAGCAGUAUUCUCUCAAUGGACAUCAUCGCUCUCGAUACAACAACCUCUUUGAUCGCAACAGGUGGAGAUGACAAUGCGCUUGCCGUUACCCUGUUUUCAAAUUGCCAUCUCUCACAGAACGAUCGACUCUUUCGAACAGUGGUCAUCCCUCGAGCCCACGCUGCAGCCCUUACAGCGGUCAAGGUCGCCGAUGUAUCAGGAACGGCAAACGUUUACACUGCCACCAUCGUCAGUGUUGGGAACGAUCAGCGCGUGAAAGCGUGGAGAGCACGCAUCGACGUAUCAGAGACUGGCAGUGCCCGCGAUCGGCCUCAUGCGACCACAUCACAGCACGAUACACUGUGCGAAGUGAUUCAGGUAGAGAGACUGAGUUCGGCGUGGACAUAUGUUGCCGAUGUAAGCGGCGUUGAAGUUGUCCGCAAGUAUGGAAUAGACCAACAAGCCCCAAGCAGUUCCGAAGGGGGAGAAGUGCCCAGGUCGAGCGACAAGUGCGAGAUCAUGGUGGUCGGCGUUGGCAUGGAGUUGAUGAGCGUCAGUUGGUAA